AUGGAGAAAUACUCAGAUAUCCUAUGCCGAGUAAAGAAGGAUAUUCCUUCAGAGCAAGCUCGAGAUUGUGUCGACAAGAUCCAUAGAACAGCGACUGGGGAUAUGUUGAUCAUUUUGAGCAGGAAUGCGACCGACGGAGCCCCCCAGCUGCGUACAGCCAUUGCCAGUCUCCUUGGAGAUGAAGCUCAGGUACUGAGUAUGGGGCCACAAGAAGUCCUGGACAUAAAGGAUCUCGAUGAGAAAACGACGAAGAAAGAUGUCCUCGAAGCCCUACGAGCAGCAGCCGGAGAAGGGCAUGAUAUCAGUCAAAAUGUGGUCCAAUCCCUGCGGAAGGCAUAUGGAGGAAUGCAGACUGGCUUCGUGACACUCACGGCGACAACAGCUAGGAAGAUCCUAGGAGAACAUGGCAAGAUCAAGUUAGGAUGGGUGAAUUGCCGUAUAAGGAGAGUGGUGAGGCCAGUCAAGUGCUUUAAGUGCUGGCAAUAUGGUCUUCUUGCCACAAAAUGUGGAAGCACAGUCGAUCGAUCAGAAUUCUGUGUCAAGUAUGCAGGGGUUGGUCACAAGAUUAAAAAUUGUCAAAAAAAGCCGCAGUGUGUCCUGUCCACUGAGAACAACCCAGAGAACUACGCCCACAUUGCUGGUGGCAGCAGAUGCGCCACAUACAAGGAGGCACUUUAG